AUGCUCUCCGCCUUUACAGCCCGCCCGAUCAUUGAGCUCCGGCAGCGUGACAAGUCAAAGAUCGAGACUAUUUUGGCUUACGGCGAUCGCAUUCUCGUCGGUCUCAACAGUGGCGCCUUACGCGUCUACAGAUUGAAUGAUCUCUCCUCGCAACAGCAAGGCGAAUCAACACCCGCAGUCGACCCCGGAGCUCCUGAUACCAACUCACCGCAAAAUGGAGACAACCUGGCCCCACGACCGUCGGGCAAACCGACAGAUUUGCUGCGCGAGGUAGAGAAGUUCUCGACUCGAGCCAUUGACCAGUUGGCGAUCAUCAAGGAGGCCAACAUAAUAGUCUCUCUGUCGAAUUACUACAUAUCAUUGUACGAUUUGCAGAACUACGAUCAUAUAGAAACUCUAAGCCGAACGAAGAAUGCAUCUUGUUUUGCCGUGACAUCCAAUAUUGUCAAAGACCAGGACACCGGAAUACCCGAGAUUAUUAGCCGGUUGGCAGUGGCAGUGAAACGAAGGCUUCUAUUGUGGAAUUGGCAUGAGAGCGAGCUUAGCGAAGAGGUUGCAGAAGUUGUUCUUGCAGAAUCAAUCCGUUCCAUUACCUGGGCGAAUGCGACUAAGGUAGUAUGUGGAAUGAAUAGUGGCUAUGUCGUUGUCGAUGUUCUUACUCGGGAGGUGGUUGAAGUUGUUAGCCCUGGCGCAGUUGGUGCCAAUGGCCAAGGCAGUCGAUUCGGUGCUGUCAGCACGGCUGGAAUGGGCUACGUGGGCUUGGGAGGAUACACACCGAAACCGCUGGCCGCGAAGCUUGCAGAUGGGCAGAUGCUACUUGCCAAGGAUAUCAAUACCAUGUUCAUCGAUGAUAGUGGCAAGCCACUUGAAAAGCGACAAAUACCUUGGCCACUGGCACCUGAGUCGAUUGGAUAUUCUUAUCCGUACAUCUUGGCUUUGCAGCCUCCUGCCAAGGGCUCCUUGGAAGUUCGCAACCCAGAUACGUUGUCUUUGAUGCAAACUAUAUCUCUUCCUGGCGCGGCACAACUCCAUUUCCCUCCGCCAACAGUCAGUUUAGCGCAUGCAGGCAAAGGGUUCCACAUAUCAAGUGAUCGAUGUGUAUGGAAGAUGGGAGCCACAGAUUACGAUUCGCAAGUCGAGGAGCUUAUCCAAAAUGCCAACUUUGAUGAAGCGAUCAGCAUCCUGAAUAUGUUGGAAGAUGCACUGCUGAAGAACAAGGUGGAAACUCUUCGGGAGGUCAAGAUGCUCAAAGCUGAAAUGCUGUUUAAGAAGAAAAAGUUCCGCCAAGCAAUGGAUUUGAUGAAUGAGGACGAUGUUCACGCCCCUCCAGAGAGAGUCCUGCGACUAUACCCUCCCAAGAUAUCCGGGAGCUUGUCGCAAUGGGCGGAAACUCGACAUGAGGAUGCAACUAGCGGACACGGUGCCAUGACUACAAAUGGUGAAAGGCCGAGUAGCCGAGAUGCUGCCACUACAACGGUCUCAACUGCAAAUGUUGGCGGCUUCGCGAAGCUGUUCCUAGGUGGUCAUAAGAAAACUGCCUCGGAUACUGCUUCUGUCUUGUCCAAGAAGGAUGGAGUUGAUGUGGAGGACACACAGACUGCCAAGGAUGCAGAAAGCGCAGAGGACAAGCCACUUGAUAGUAAGGACCUCAAGAAUGCUGUCUUGGAGCUCAACAGCUAUCUGGCUGGCACCAGAGCCCGGCUUCAGCGGUAUAUCGACCCGGUCACAGGCAAGCUGAAGGACCAGGAAGAUAAACAACGACCAAUUGAAGAAGCGGCAGAGAGAUUCCUGAGAACAACCCAGACAGAGUCGGAGCAAAAGCUGGAAGAACAGCUCCGGAAUACGUUUCGCUUAGUUGACACGACGUUGUUCAGGGCUUACAUGUUCUCACAACCUUCAUUGGCAGGCUCUCUGUUCCGCAUACCAAAUUUCUGCGACCCCGAUGUCGUGAAUGAGGCGCUACUGGAGCAUAAUAGAUAUACCGAGCUGAUUGACUUCUUCUACGGCAAACGGUUGCACGUAAAGGCCUUGAGCCUUCUUCAUAGAUUCGGAUCACCGGUCAAGCCUGAUGAAGCAGCUCCUAGCCUGCAUGGGCCCGAUCGCACGAUUGAGUACUUGAAAAACCUACCACCCAGUGAGAUAGAUUUGAUCAUUGAGCAUGCGGGCUGGGCGCUUAAGAGCAACCCAACGUAUGCUAUGGAGAUAUUCACGGGAGACACGGAAAAUGCAGAAACGCUGCCUCGUGACAGAGUCGUCUCGUUUCUGCAUAGCGUUGACCCUCAACUUGAGAGGCAGUACCUGGAGCAUAUCAUCAAUGAGCUGGAUGACAUGACUCACGACUUCCACAACCGUUUAGUUGAGCUUUAUGUGGACACUCUAAGACACAUGAACAAGAAUUGGGCUUGGGACGAGAUUAUGAGCAAUUUUGUAACGUUCCUCCGCGACUCUCGGCAGGUAUAUAGCUUGACAAAGGCACUGGGAAUGAUUCCCAAGGACGACCCGAGUUUCUACGAGGCUCAGGCUGUCAUUCUGAGCAACAUGGGACAGCACAGGAAGGCAUUAGAGAUCUAUGUAUUUCAGAUGAGGGACUAUGCGAAGGCAGAGGAAUACUGCAAUCGCGUGCACAAAUCGCAAGACAUGGCUGUAGGACCAUCGAUGAACUCUAUGGAAAACGCAUCGAUUGACACGGAUGACGGCACGCAAUCGAUUUAUCAUAUUCUAUUAUCGCUGUACCUCAAACCACCGCCGCUACACGAGGUGCAGCUAAAACCGGCCUUAGAUCUUCUAUCAAAGCAUGGUUCUCGAUUACCAGCCACCUCGACCUUGAGCUUGAUUCCAGAUGAUCUUCCUGUCAACUCCCUAGAGGCCUACUUCCGCGGACGGAUGCGGUCUGCCAACAGCUUGGUCAACGAGAGUCGAAUAGUUGCUGGUCUGCGAAAGGCGGAACAGAUUGCCAUUGCAGCUCGCCUGAAUAUUGGGGACAGUGAAAUCAAUGGCCAGGGUGGACGUAACAGGCAUGUCACCAUCACUGACGAGCGACACUGUUUCGUUUGCCACAAGAAACUGGGCGGAGGUAUGCGAAUAGGUGGCAGUGUCGUAGCUGUCUUGCCAGAUAAUACCGUGGUGCAUUAUGGCUGUUUAAACAGAGCACUGGGGCAAAAGGCUGAUAAUUCUCGGCCCACAAACCGUGGCAGGGAUAUGCCGUUUGCCUAA